UUACUACUAGGUAAACUGACAUUAUCGUAUCGUGUUGUGCACAGCACUGUUCAAGUACGAUAGUGCAGCACUGUGCAGGAUACAUAGUAGUAAAGAUAGUGUCAGUGUAGUAGCUGGUGCAGUAUAGUAGAACUAUAUCUGCCCGGCAGAAAACAUAAAUUGUCAGAUUAUAAUAUUCAACGUGAAACUUGGAGUAAGAUAAGGAGAUUACAAUUACCAAGAGGGUGGCUCGGUGAAGGCCUCCGUUUAGGUUUAGGAAAUGGACGGCAAAGUGGAGGAGGACGGCCACCGGAGCAUUAACGAUGGCGACUGGAUAUGCCCGGAUUCUCAAUGUGCCAAUGUCAAUUUUGCCAGACGAAACUCUUGCAACCGUUGUGGUAAAGACAGAGGAGAAUGUCCAAAGAAAAAGAAGCUUGGUCAAGAAAUAGGAAAAGCUGCGGCAGAAAAAAGUAGAGGCUUAUUCAGUGCGGAUGAUUGGCAGUGUAGCAAAUGCGGAAAUGUAAAUUGGGCUCGUCGACAACAAUGUAACAUGUGCAAUGCACCAAAGUUUGGUGAGGUCGAAGAACGAACGGGUUAUGGAGGGGGUUACAAUGACAGAGGAGUUGUUGAGUACAAAGAAAGAAAGGAUGACGAUGAUGAUGAAUACGAUGAAUUUGGACGACGGAGGAAGAAACGAAAAUUAGAUAACCGAUCCGAUGACGAUUCCAAAGAUUCGAGGUAUAACAGUCCACCACGUAAUUCAUCUAAAGAAGAAGUAGUGAAGGAACAACCAGUAAAAGAACUUGUAGACGAAGAAGAAGAAGAGGAGGAAGAUGAAGAGGAUGAUGGCGAUCUGUCAAAGUACGAUCUUAGCGAAUGGGAUGAUUUUGUUCCAGUAAAAAAAAGUGCAAAUGGCGAAUCAGCUGGCUUGGAAGGACAGCGGUCAAGGUAAACACGAAAUGGAGGAAACUGGCGGGACUCAGGCACAUCCAGCCAAUGAAUGGCUGGACAGGACAGGUUUGGUUUGGGUUUUGGGUAGAAAAUUGAUUAAAAUGACGUGUCAUUAAUGAAUAUUAAAUUCGGGCGUUUGCUAAAUGUCUCGACUAGCCUGAAUGAAUGUCAGAAAGUGCCAUAAAUAAUUUAUAGUUUUAAUUGAUCGAAUGGCGAAUGAAUCAGAUAUACGUGAAUGUGUUCCUAGUGUUCUAUAUUUAGCAAACGUCUUAAAAGUAAUAAAUUCAAGUAUUACAAAUUUAUUUCUCUUGCAGGUCGAUGGAAGUCAAAAGAGCGAAAACAGAGAUAAACGACAAAAACACCCAACGCAACAAAUCUAGACAUUUAGAAAGCACCUUUAAAUAAUAUAAACAAUAUUACAUGAUUAUCUUAUCACAGAUAGUCAUUCAUAAUAGAUUACAUUUAUGAAGGAACACGAUGAUUCACUGUACCUAAAGAUACGGACAGGGAUAAUAGUAAAAAAUUUGGCGAUGUAGGUAAACAACAUCAAGAUACUGAUACCUAUAUCCAGACAUAGAAAAAGCUUGUAAACAAAAUUCACGUGGCUACUCCUUUAGUUCUACAAAUUGCUUCAAAUUGCAAUAAUGUAACUUAUAGAGAAGAUAAGCACGUAGUCAUUUUCGGGUGUAUAGAAAGAGAAAGCUUCAAGAAUACAAGAAUUACUAGAAAUGUGAAAAAAAGCUUACAUUCUCCAAUAUUUGCCUAGUUGCGAGACUCUGAAGUUCAAGUAAUAAUUGGUACAAUUUGCUUCAAUUGCAAACAGUGUCAAAUACUUCCAUGAAAAUGAUUGGUCAUUCAUUUUUCUUCAGUUUUGUGGAGAUAACAAAAUAGUACAUAAUAAUAACAAUUUGUAAAUAUUACGUAAAUAUCAUGUUAUUGUGACUUCAUUUUCAUCGGUCAAAAAUUUUAUAUACUAGAAGCCCAUUGCGCGCGCCAACUUGCGAGCUCAUGGAAGAUUUAAGAAUUAUUUUUUAUUUAUAAAUUUCAAAUCCUAAACUUGUAGAUUAAAUUAACGACUCAGUAAGUUAGGAAAUUUUUAAAUAAAAAAUUGUCCUCUUCUACCUUCCUCGUAAGAAAAUGUCAUUUCAAAUUGUUUAUUUUAUUUUACGUAAUUUAUUACUUAUGUAAUAAAGCGUACUGGGACUUAAAAAAAGGUAAAAGUGCCGUUUAGUGGGUAAACCACGAAAUUUAUUACUUCGAAACAGUACGUUGGGUAUCGUAAAUUCGAGUCAUUCUAUUGUAUUUGUAUUAAAAUGAUUAAACUCAUGUUCGUGACCCAAUAGCAUCUUAUGCCAAUAAAGGAUAUUUUACAGUUUCAUAA